AUGGCGCGAUUGAAGACCCUGUUGGCUUUAGCCGCCCCAGGCAUCUUGCCCCUGGCUUGGGCUAAGCAGGUUCAAUUCGAAUUGAACCUGAGUUGGCAGAAAGGCGCUCCCAAUGGUAAUGUCCGUGAUAUGAUCUUUAUGAAUGAUCAAUUUCCUGGACCCGAGUUGCGGUUUGACCAAGGUGAUGAUGUAGAGGUCGUUGUAAACAAUAACAUGCCCUUCAACACCUCGAUCCAUUUCCACGGUAUUGAGCAGCAAGGUACCCCGUGGUCCGAUGGUGUCCCUGGCUUGACGCAAAAACCGAUCCAGCCAGGGCACAGUUGGACAUACCGCUGGAAGGCUACUCAAUAUGGAACCUACUGGUACCAUGCUCAUGCAAGAUCCGAGAUGAUGGAUGGGCUUUAUGGGCCAAUCUGGAUCAACCCCGGUCCGGACGUGCUCGAUCCAUUCCAUCUCAUUUCCAACAACCCUGAUGACAUUGAAGCUAUGCGGGAAGCGGAAAAGAAUCCCCAACUUGUCAUGUUGUCAGACUGGGACCACUUGACAGCUGCUGAGUACCAGCAGGUGCAACAGGAUACCCGAGUGGACAUAUUCUGCAUGGACAGUGUUCUCGUCAAUGGACGGGGUGCGGUUUAUUGCCCUGGGACUCAAAACAUAUCCGCGGUUGAGCUUUCUUAUCUCAAGACGGCGAUUAACAACCAACCGCUUACUGACAAGGGCUUACGCCUGUUUAUCAAAUUUAGCUGCUUGCCCAACAUCUACGAAACGCAAGGAGAAUUCCCACCCACGAACCCGGAGCGCAUUCCUGAAGGGCUCAACUCUGGCUGUGUUCCCACAACGGGCCUUCACGAAAUCAUCGAGGUGGACCCUAAUAAUCAAUGGGUUGCUCUCAAAUUUAUCAGCGCCGCCUCUUUGAAGUCUUUGAUGUUCUCUAUCGACGAGCACCAAAUGUAUAUCUAUGAAGUCGAUGGAAGCUACAUCGAGCCACUUCCUGCUGAUAGUGUCAGCAUUUUCAAUGGUGAACGAUACUCCGCUAUGGUUAAGCUUGACAAGCCUUGGAAAGACUACACCAUCCGAGUUCCCGACACACAGGGCGAUCAGGUCAUCUCUGGCUUUGCCACGAUGCGAUACAAAGGCUCAUCGAAUUCCGAACCCUCUAAGCCUUCCGUUAACUAUGGCGGACAGAGUACCUCGGAUUCAGUUGUGCCCCUAGAACAGAGAGCCAUGAAGCCUUACCCAGCAGUCUCCAUUCCUCGCCAUGCUGACCAGCUGGUUAACCUCACCCUCGGCCGCUGGGGUUCCGCCUACACCUGGACCGCCGCUGGUAAUGCACUCUAUGACGUUAUGGCGAACUGGGAUAACCCUAUUCUAUACGACCUCAGUGCCAAAAAGAACCUUGCCGAGCAAGUGACCAUCCAAACCAAGAAUGGGACGUGGGUCGACCUGCUUCUACAACUCGGAGAGAUGCCGGGCACCCCCGCCAUUCAAGCUCCUCAUGUCAUGCACAAGCACUCGAACAAAGCCUUCAUUCUGGGUGUUGGUCCCGGCUUUUUCAAUUGGUCUAGCACCGAGGAGGCUUACGAAGAGCGUCCUGACCUGUUCCAGCUGGACAACCCUCAGAGGCGAGAUACCUUUGUCACCAAUGGCCCUGCGGGUCCGACGUGGAUGAUUUUGCGGUACCAGGUAGUCAACCCGGGUCCCUUCCUGCUCCACUGUCACAUUGAAACACACUUGUCCAACGGCAUGGCUGUUGCCUUGCUUGAUGGUAUUGAUGCGUGGCCCCAGGUUCCCGCAGGUGAGGACCAAAGCCCUUGGCGCGGCGCAGACAGUCGGUGA